AUGUCUGCGCCCGCUGGUCCUGUCCGCAAGAAGCGUAAUUUCAAGGCGUUACAGCUCGAUGUGUCCCAACCUCCGCCGGAACCCCAGCCUAUGCCUAUCCGUCUUGCCCCUGCACCAGGAGGUGCAGUAGGUAGCAAGAAACGACCACCCCCCAUGACUCUCAAAGCUACUAAAGUCAGCACUGCAGUGAAUGCUGACCCGGAGAGCGUAGUCGUGACGGAGAACGGCUCGACUUCUGCGCCGGCCACGGCUUCUGGGAAUCGCAUGACGUAUCAUACGACUCUCUCGACCACCUUGGCGAACCUGGACAUGAACUCGGAGACCAAGUACUCUGACCUACGGAAUGAGGAUUUGAAGGAUAUGCAGGAGCUCGGCCAGGGUAACGGAGGCAGUGUGAAGAAGGUGGAACACGUUCCUACGGGAACCAUCAUGGCGAAGAAGAUCGUCCUCAUCGACGCGAAGCCGUCGGUAAGGAAACAGAUACUGCGCGAGCUGCAGAUCAUGCAUGACUGCAAUUCCAAUUAUAUCAUCUCGUUCUAUGGCGCGUUCAUAUCAGACCCGAACAUCUGCAUCUGUAUGGAAUUCAUGGACAAGGGGUCUCUUGACGGGAUCUACAAGAAGAUUGGUCCGAUUGACAUAGAAGUGGUGGGGAAGGUUGCGCUUGCAGUUCUGGAGGGCCUCACGUAUCUCUAUGAUGUCCAUCGUAUCAUUCAUCGCGAUAUCAAGCCGUCCAACAUCCUGUUUAACUCGCAAGGGCAAAUCAAGAUUUGCGACUUUGGCGUGUCCGGAGAGCUCAUCAACUCGAUCGCAGAUACUUUCGUAGGCACCUCAACCUAUAUGAGUCCUGAACGUAUACAGGGCGCGCAGUACACUGUUAAGUCGGAUGUCUGGUCGCUUGGCAUAUCCCUCAUUGAACUUGCCCUUGGACGUUUUCCCUUCGCCGACUCUUCAUCCGAUGAUUCUGACUUGUCCGACUUUGAGGGCACGCUCUCGCCAAGUCGCCCGGGGCCCUUGAUGACAAGGGAGCAGCGGGACAAGAAGAAGAAGCGCAAAAGCAAGGGUGUCAGUUUACAAGGUGGUGGAAUGACAAUGAGCAUUUUGGAAUUGCUGCAGCACAUCGUGAACGAGCCCGCGCCGAAGCUGGCUCCGGAGGGCCGGUUCCCUAGCGAGGCAGAGGAUUUCGUGGACAGUUGUCUCUUGAAGGAUCCAGAGCAGAGACGGACACCGAAAGACUUGCUCAAACAUCCAUGGAUAGAGCACUCAAGGACAGCAGCAUUCGACCUCGAGGCAUGGGCAUCGACAUUUUAG